CCAAAUCCAAUUGUUCUGUCCAAUAGACCAGUAGACGAGACUUGUUGAGAGAGAGAGAGAGAGAGAGAGAGAGAGGCUUCGCCCAAUCAUGCGAAACUACCAGAUAUGCCAACGUUCUAUAUUCAGCUCCCCUUUCUCACGUCUCCAAAUUCCAACGCUCCUUCAUUUUCUCUCUGCGCCAUGUUUAUUUUUCCACCAAGUUUCCUUUAAGCUCCGUUUCCCUUUCUACUUGUCUGAAUAUAUCUAGAAAUAAUUGAAGUCAAGGACAUUGAUUUGUGAUUCUUGCACAGUGUGCUUCUUAACUUUAAAUGGUAUGACACAAGUUGUAAGAGAGCCUAUGGAGAUGGUUAGAUUUCACUGUUGAACUAAUGGAUAAAAAGCAGCAUAUAGCAAUUUUCACAACUGCCAGCCUUCCAUGGAUGACUGGAACUGCUGUCAACCCUCUGUUUCGUGCAGCCUAUCUUUCGAAAGAUGGAGAGAGAAAGGUCACCUUGGUGAUUCCGUGGUUAUCUAUGAAAGAUCAAGGAUUAGUAUAUCCCAGCAACAUCACAUUCAUCUCACCAUCAGAGCAGGAGAAAUAUGUCCGUCGGUGGCUUGAGGAGAGGACUGGAUUCACAUUUGGUUUCAGUAUACGUUUUUAUCCUGGAAGGUUUUCUAAAGAUAAAAGGAGCAUUCUUGCAGCUGGAGAUAUCUCAGAAAUCAUCCCCGAUGAAGAGGCAGACAUUGCUGUUCUCGAGGAGCCUGAGCAUCUUACAUGGUAUCAUCAUGGAAAGCGAUGGAAGAUUAAAUUCCGCAUGGUUAUAGGAAUUAUUCACACUAACUAUUUGGAAUAUGUGAAGAGAGAGAAGAAAGGAAUGCAAGCAUUUCUUCUCAAAAUCAUAAAUAGCUGGGUUGUUGGUAUCUAUUGCCACAAGGUAAUUAGAUUAUCUGCUGCAACACAGGAUUAUCCCAAGUCAAUCAUCUGCAAUGUUCAUGGAGUCAAUCCCAAGUUCCUUGAGAUAUACAAGGAAAAGAUAGAGCAACAACAAAAUGGGAAACAAGUCUUCACUAAAGGUGCCUACUACAUUGGGAAGAUGGUAUGGAACAAAGGCUACAAGGAGCUACUAAAACUUCUUCAUGAUCACCAAAAGGAACUAGCUGGGAUUGAGGUUGAUUUAUAUGGUAAUGGAGAAGACUCUGAUCAAGUUCAGGAAGCUGCUAAAAAGCUGGAACUAGCUGUUAGAGUUCACCCUGGGCGUGAUCAUGCUGAUCCUCUAUUCCAUGAUUUUAAAGUGUUCCUGAAUCCUAGCACCACGGAUGUGGUUUGUACCACUACAGCUGAAGCACUGGCUAUGGGCAAAAUUGUUGUCUGUGCCAAUCAUCCCUCAAACGAAUUCUUCAAGCAGUUCCCAAAUUGCUGGACCUAUGAUGACAGCAAUGGGUUUGUUGAAGCCACAUGCAAGGCAUUAGCCGAAGAGCCUGCACAGCUGACUGAUGCACAGAGGCAUGAGCUAUCAUGGGAGGCAGCCACAGAACGGUUCCUGAAGGUUACUGAACUGGACCAGGUUCCUACUAGUAAGCCGUUAAAUAUUCCUCAAAAGAACUUUAUGUCUACGUCUUUCAAUUUUCGAAAGAACAUGGAGGAUGCAUCAGCAUAUGUGCAUUAUGUGGCUUCUGGGUCUGAAGCAUCACGAAAAGUGUUUGGUGCAAUUCCCGGGAGCUUGCAAGCAAAUGAACAACAAUGCAAAGAACUAGGGUUAGCCAUUCCUGCAGCAAAGCGAGGCUCAAGAAAAUGAUUCUAUGAAAAGAUACAGGUGCAUUAGUUGGAUACAGGUGUAAAGCCAUUUCUCUUGUUCUUCUCUGUAUUCUUUGUUUGCCUGAAAUUGAGAAUGGUAUAUGAAGCAUGUUUCCACGUCAUCAAGUGAUUGCUUAGGGGUCUGCUAGCUUUUUCUGUAAUUGCUGUAUAAUUAUGCAUUAUCGUCCACACCUACUUUGCUCCCUGUGAUAAAUUCUACUUUUUUCUUACGUAGAAACUUCGGCAAGGCAGAGAACAUUGGUGAUGAUAUAAAAUAAUUGGUGCUGAGAA